AUGACCAAGGCCAUUCCACCCAGCCGUUUACUGCUGACGAAGCUCGAUGGCAACCAGGAGGAUGCGCACACACCGGAGCCUAGCAAUCGGUCGUCAAAAUUUUAUUUUCCUCUGCAGCAAGAGCCGUCUCCAGACUGUGACGACGACACAGCGACAAGAGAUACAAGCACACCCACAUCACUGAAAGAUCUUUUGGAUCUAGAGCUAGAUUUGGUUCUCCCUGCGAAUGCAAUCGCAGCGCCACUCAGUAAUCAGCUACCGUCUUCUGCACCGCAGGAUGAAAAAAUGGAGUCUGAUGACAACUCUGUUUCGUUGGAGCUCCUGGCGAUGCAGAGCCCACACGGCGAGAACCAACAGUGGCAGAACAACGGUGAAGAAGAAGAUGAGCAACAUGUGAAAGUCACCCCAAGUGCAGUCCCGGAACAUUCCCCCCAACGCAAGAUGAGAGGGGUGACGACCUCUAGGAAACCAAUGUCGCUGAAUAUUGCCUCGCCGACGGCGUUUAUUCCAUCGUUCCCUCCACUGCCCACCCUGCAGUCUACAGACGACGACUACGGGUUAGCUUCUCCUAUGGCGUUGCCAGAUACACCUUCGCAAGUUCAACUAGGGAUUAGCUUUUCUUGGGAUAUUGACCCAACUUCUUUACAGUCUGAAGAAGUACACACAAGAGGAGAAGGUUCUCGUUGUCGUGUACAAUCCAAGAGCGUCCAAAAACCAGAGCGACGAGCCUCAUCGGCUUCGGUUGGGAACAAAGCUGCUACACCAAACCCAAAAAAUUACGCACCGACUAGAUCAACGUCAAGAAUGACGAGAUCCUCACUCCCAGCAUUGCCGGAAUUUCGAAAGAAGGCGAGGCAUGGCGGGAUCUACUCGUUGUUACUGAAGAACACAUCCGUGAAACAAGAACCAGUCCUCGUAGAAGAUGCACACAAUCCUGAAGAAAUAGCGACGGCGCCAUCCACGUCCAAGAUGUCACCUCCACGUACGUUCAGCCAGCAAAAGCAUGGGGGUAUUUAUAAGAUGCUUCGAGGUAAACAUGGGCCACGUUAA